ACCCCCCGCCCCGCUCUGCAGGGAAGGGAAACGCAGCCCCCGGAACAAGGAGUUCUCCGCCACCGUGGGCAGCCGGCGUGUUUUGUUUGGGUAGCUCAGAGUGUUUUGGAGAAAGAAGUCAGUUAGCAAACCCCCCUUGUCAUCAAGAAGCAACGGGGAGAUGAGGCACGAGUCCAGCUUUUCUUUACAGCUUGCCUUUAUGGCUUACCACCUACUUCUUUGAAAUAGCAUCUCGCUUCCUUGCCUGAAAUAUGGGGAAGCCUGCGGGUGGGGAAUGCCCAAAGUACAGCAAUUGCGUCCCAAGUUGUGAAGUGUAGCUUGUAGCGGUCCUUUCCCUGUAGGUCUUGUGUUCGCUGGGGAAUUUUACACCCCCCUCCAAAAUAAAAAUUAAGAAAUCGUUCUAUUUUCAUUUUACUACUAUAUUUGGAAAAUAAGGAGUUUUUCUGCUAAUGUGAAACAAAAUAUUUAGGAUCACAGAUAAGGUUCAAAAUUAUCAUAUGUCCCUAGCAUACUAUGGUAGAUGUGGCAAAGAAAGAGACAAUGGAUGACAUCACAUUUAGAAGCAACACUGUACUUUCUGAUGUUCAUCUACACACCCCAAGCAAAAGACAUCUCAUGGUGCGAUUGAAUACCGUUGGACAGCCAGUAUUUCUAUCACAAUUCCAGCUCCUUUUGAACAAAAAUAAUUGGGAGUCUGAGAGAAAAAAUGAAAAAGAACUUACAACAGAAAAUAUGGGACACCAAACCAGAGUUGGGAAGGAAUUGUGUGACAAAGGUAGUAAUGAUCUAGAUUUUCUCAACAAAAAUGGAAGAGAAGCAAAUAAUUUUAAAGGGAUAGAAGCUCUGCUGGAUGAUGAUGGGGAUUUGGAAGUGGUCAGAAGACCUCAAUAUGUGUCUGAUCCAGACGUGGAGGAUCUUUCAAGGGACAAAGUAUAUCCCAUAAUUCUGACUAAAGGAGGAGAAGAUAUUUUUGAAGAUGCAAAGCAGGAAAGUACCUGCAAUAAUAUUAUUAAAAUAGAGCAUACAAUGGCAACACCGUUGGAAGAUGUUGGAAAACAAGUCUGGCGAGGAGCCUUUCUUCUUGCAGAUUAUAUCUUGUUCAAACAGGACAUGUUCAGAUGUUGCACAGUACUAGAGCUUGGAGGAGGAACUGGAAUUACAAGCAUUGUCAUGGCAAUGGUUGCGAAGACUGUGUACUGCACAGAUGUUGGUGAAGAUCUUCUGGCUAUGUGUGAGCAAAAUGUAACAUUAAACAAGCAUCUUACUGAGCCAGCAGGAGGUGAAGUUAAGGUAAAAGAGCUGGACUGGCUGAAAGAUGAGUUCUGUACUGACCCUGAAGCUCCCUACAGUUGGUCUGAAGCAGAGAUUGCUGAUUUGCAUGACCACACCACGGUGAUACUAGCAGCUGAUGUUUUUUAUGAAGAUGACUUAACAGAUGCUUUAUUCAAAACACUGUACAAAAUCACCCACAACUUGAAAAACUCUUGCACAAUUUACUUAUCAAUAGAAAAGAGGCUGAACUUCACCUUAAGACAUAUGGACAUUACAUGUGAAGCUUACAAUCAUUUUCGAAAUACUUUGAAUGAUCUGGAAAACUUACAAGAUAGCAAAAUGAAAUAUACUUCUGAGCCCAUUAAGCUUGCUUUCUGCCAAUUUCUUGUUUAUGAACGGAUUGAGCAACUGGAGCUGUGGAAGAUCAUUGCUGAACCACUUAUGUGACCUCUUUCACAUAAGACAGCUGAAGACCUUGAGGCAGAAAAUUAAUGCUGUUCUACAAAUAAAACAAUGUAGAGUUUUUUCCAGAAGAUGUGCUCCCAAUGGAACCAUAAGCCAAGAUUUUGAUGCAGAUUUGCCUUAAACUAAUUAAAUAUAUCUUGUAGUACUAAAAGGAUGAUUUCUUUAUCGUUUUUAAUGAUGCUGUUUUUAAAUUGCUCCUCAUAGUACAGAUCUGAAAACUACUCAACUACUUCUGGCAACUUUGUGAUGGAUCCACAGAUACUGGCUCUCUAACAGUCGUGAUAAGGUGUCUUUACUCCUGGGACCAGUAAUUUUUUUUCUAUGACUUUGUCCCUGUACACUAAUAACCACCCAUCCAACCUCUUUCCAUGUUACAGAAGUGUCAAUCUCAUACACUUACAUUUAUAUCUAAUAAUCAGUAAACUCAGUCAGAGCCAGAUUCUACUUCCAUACCAUGUUAGUAUUCUAGACACUUGUGGAGUGAUCUGCAAAAGGCCCAGCUGCUUUUCACCAGGUGGUUGCUCUGAGUUGAGGAAACAAUCUAUUUUUAAAACUUCGGAAUGAACUACGAAAAUGGAGGACUACCUUUUCGCCUACCUUGACCUUUCUAGUGUAGAGGCCAGGAUUUCAACUGACGCACAGAGUUCAGCUUUCAGGUUUUGUAUGCCUCCCUCUAGAGCAAUUCUGCUCUCAUCUUAUGCUGUUCAAUCCCUGCUCAGCUGAGGGUGGCAUGAAUUGUCCACCCUCUUUCAGUCCAUGGAAUUCUAGCCUCACAACAUUCCUGUGGGUGGGUGAGAUUUUGGGAGGAGAAGGAAAUUAGUGCCAUGGAGCCUCUUUUGCAUUGCUCACUCACAUAUAUUCUUGGACCUCUUGGCUAUAAAAAUAAAAGUAGCGUUUGUUGAUCA